GAAUUUGUUUCUGUCCUUUGAUUCAUUGCUUGAUCCUGUGAGGAUGAGCUGAGUUUGCUGAUUUGGCUCCUCGAACUGGACUCGCUGCUCGAAAGCUCUUAUGAUGCGUGGUCGGGGCUGCUGUUUCAAUAGCAUUUUGGUUUUGGGUCAUCAUGCUCUGUAUUUCUUGAGUGGUAGUUUGUCAUCUAUAUGGAAGCAAUGUGACGCCGCGUUUUGCUGCUCUUGAGUUGCUUGGUUGCUUUGUCGAGAGCAUUUAUGUGAUUUUUUCCUACCACUGGAAAUGGAAAGGUUUGCAGAAUUCAAGGUACUUCCUGCAAAAUUGCCCAGUAAGGACCAGGUAUCCAGUAUUCGUAUGCCCACGGUGAGAGAGGUCGCAGAAGAAAUAGAUUCACACAUGCAUUUGUUGAGAGAAGCACAUCAAGUGUCUAGUGGGCAUCCGAUGUCGGUAAGAGGAGAAAUUGGCCGAUCUGUUUUACGGGACUCACAAGAGUCGCGCUCAUACGCAUCUGUAAGAAGAUGGAAAGGCAAAGAAUCUAUUCCUGGACAAGAACAAUCAGUGCCCGAUGCUGCCUCAUUUAAGGGCGGUAAUGAUGCAUUUGAGGAAAGUGGCCCAAGUUAUUUUUCAGGAGCUAGUCAUCCUCCUGAGCCGAUUGACACAGAUUUAAUGAAAGCGGUUUAUGUACCGCUUGGUCAAGAUAAACCCGAGAGCGCAUGCUUGGUUAAAACUUUGUCUGCAAAAGGGCCCUUUCUGGAAGAUCUUUCGAUCAAGCCUCCAGCUAAGAAACCUAGCCCAGUUGUUCUUUCACCAGCAGAGAGUUUGGUUGAAGAGCCUAAUGAUGUUUGCCCAUUUUCAGUUCCUCGCUCAUCGCAAAAUACAGAUAGUUCUCUCCUUCCAAAUGACACAGAGGAGAAGGAAUGUGUUUGGGAUGCUUCUUUGCCUCCAAGUGGCAAUGUAAGUCCUCACAGUAGCAUUGAUAGUACGGGAGUUGUUACAGCCAUGAGCAUUGUCAACAGUCGUGCCAGCACAUACCGCAGUGAUAUGUUCACAAGUGACGGCAUGCUUAGCGUCGACAGGAACUUUGAGAGUACAAAAGGGAGUGUACGGGGUGAUUCACUUGAGAGUGCGAAAACAAGCAUUAGUCGAGCUAGCGAUAGCAGUGGCCUUAGUGACGACAGUAAUUGGAGCAACACCACAGGAAGUGCCAAUAAGCCUCAUAAAGGGAAUGAUCCUAGGUGGAAGGCUAUCCUCGCCAUUCGAGUGCGAGAUGGAAUUCUUGGGAUGAGUCACUUUAGGUUGCUCAAAAGGCUAGGAUGUGGUGAUAUUGGCAGUGUCUAUCUUUCUGAGUUAAGUGGUACUCAUUGCUAUUUUGCCAUGAAAGUUAUGGACAAGGCAUCGCUUGCUAGCAGAAAGAAGCUCAACAGGGCUCAAACGGAAAGAGAGAUUCUGCAGCUGCUAGACCAUCCAUUUUUGCCAACUUUGUAUACGCAUUUCGAGACAGACAGAUUUUCAUGUUUGGUCAUGGAGUUUUGUCCUGGAGGGGAUCUGCAUACUCUAAGGCAACGACAGCCUGGGAAGCAUUUUUCUGAGUAUGCUGCUCGGUUUUAUGCUGCAGAGGUCUUGCUAGCUCUUGAGUAUCUGCAUAUGCUUGGAGUUGUGUACAGGGACUUGAAACCUGAAAAUGUUCUGGUUCGUGAUGAUGGCCACAUCAUGCUCUCAGACUUCGAUCUUUCAUUAAGGUGUGCUGUAUCACCAACCCUCAUAAGAACCUCAUAUGACUCUGACCCAAGAAGGGCUGGCGCUUUUUGUGUCCAGCCUGCCUGUAUUGAGCCUUCCUCUGUGUGCAUCCAGCCCGCUUGCUUCAUUCCCCGAAUUUUCCCCCAGAAGAAUAAGAAAAAGUCUCAGAAACCCCGUGCAGAACCAGGAUUCCCCUCUAGCACCCUUCCAGAGCUUGUAGCUGAGCCCACUUCAGCUCGGUCAAUGUCCUUCGUCGGGACCCAUGAGUACCUUGCCCCCGAAAUUAUCAAAGGAGAAGGGCAUGGGAGUGCGGUUGAUUGGUGGACUUUUGGCAUUUUCUUGCAUGAAUUGCUUUAUGGUAAAACCCCAUUUAAAGGCUCUGGGAACCGUGCCACGUUAUUCAACGUGGUUGGGCAGCAACUCAAGUUCCCGGAAUCACCAGCCACAAGUUAUGCCAGCCGGGACUUGAUACGUGGUUUGUUGGUAAAAGAGCCACAGAACAGGCUCGGGGUGAAGAGGGGUGCAACCGAGAUCAAGCAGCACCCAUUCUUCGAGGGCGUGAAUUGGGCCCUGAUCCGGUGCAGCACGCCUCCGGAGGUGCCGAGGCCAGUGGAAUUCGAGCUGCCAGGGAUGCACGGGGUAGUCGACCCGGUUGGUGUUGGCAGUGCUAGCAAAAGGAUGGCUGGGCCGGGGACAGACGUGAAGUCUGGCGGUAAAUAUCUGGACUUCGAGUUCUUCUAGUGUUUUGGACUGGUGGAGUUUCUGUGCUGUGUUUGUUCUAGCAUUUCUGAUAAUCCCGCUGGAGCUUCUCUGCUCUGUCUCUCCCUGUUACUGCACUUCCAAAUGGGAAAAAUUUCCACAAAACUUCUGUGAUCUUGACCCGAAACUCGACAAUCUAUACUGAGAUUUAGCUAUUUAAGUAGGAAACUCAUUGAUCUUUACUAAUGCCGAGAUUAUUAAUUGAAAUUUUUCAAUGAA